CCUCAUCUUCCUCCGUACCCGCGCCCUGAUCCGUCCACCACCGAUUGACUUUCUGCUGCAGCCGCUGGAUGCAUUACCGUGGAUUCAGUGGAGCAUCAAGCUGCUUGUCAAGGGGAUCAUCAAGCUGGCUGUCUCCUUUCUUACCUGGGUCGUCCCGCCCCUCGUGGUUGAAACGGUCGUUCGAUUACUGGGAGAGGCGUCCUUCAUCGUUCGAGCGUAUAGGCAGUGUUGGGUGGCGUUUGGUGACUUAGGCAACCUUCUGCGGUCCGUCGCUCGCUCUGUCAGGAGCGGGUUGCGUGUGGCGCUGGCGAUCGGCAGAAUAGUCCUCGAGUGUUUUAUGGCGCUGCUUCUCAUCGAUGGGAUCCAGAUCACCUGGCUCUGGGCCAGCGAGGACUUUUUGGUGCGGCUGGGAGAGGAGAUACUGGUUCUUGGACAGCUGGGCGUCCCCCCGCCGCUCAUCCCUGUGGUCAUCCGAUGGCUGCGCUGCACCUUGUCGCCGGUCUGCUUGGUCAUAAUAUGCCGUCUAAUCUGGAGUGAGCUGACGCAUGUGCUGCUGCCAAUCGACAGCAGAGUGGGGUAUCUGUUGCGGCUGCUGUACGUGAUCGAGGAGGGCGGCUGCUGGGACCGAUGCGUGUCGCUCAUCCACUACCUCAGGAACAGCAGCCGCCUCCCCUCUCUGCCCAUCGUCAUCACGGCAUACGAUCUGCAGCAAACGGGCGGCCGAGCGGUGUUCAGCUCGCGACCACAGGCGGUCCGUCAGUACUCGCUAUUUGGCCACCGUCUCUCGAUCAUUGGCCGGUGUGUGGGUCUCAUGUGUGUCAACGGCCGCGACUAUCUGGGCGGCUCAGCAGACAGCGAUGCGCUGACGUACGUCAGCAUCGAUUUGACUGAUCGCGACCCGCCGACCAAAUGUGAGCAGAGCAGCAGGGAGAGCAAACACACACAUGAGGGGGACGGCGGAGAGAGAGGUGAAUGAACGUGUGAAUCGUUUGUUUCGCGUCUGCUUUCUGUCUGCAGGUGGCAGGGACGUAUUCUCUUCCUUCACGGACGCCAUCGUCUUCCUGGGCGAUGUGUACAGCGGGAUGGACCCCCGGCUGCGCCCCCACUUCACCCACCCAAGUGAACUCAUCACUCCACCUCCCACCCAGUACCGGCUCACGGAAGACAUCAUACUGCACUCACGGGGCAAGUGGAAUGGCUGCCGCAAAGCGGGCGCGUGGUGGGUCAACAACGCAAAUUUGCUGCGCCAUUCGGCGACCUUCAUUCUGUGUGGGGACAAGGCGGCUGAUGAGUUUCUUGUCUCCGUCGACCAACGUCUUCAGAUCUGCACCACCGAGCCCCCUGUGGCUUGGAAGCGCCGCCCAGAUGAGCGUUACCCUCGCACAGCCGCACUCAUCCGCGAGAAGGUGGUGGCCGCAUAGCGGGCGGCCUUCUGCCUAUAUAGGGGCACAGAGAGGGAGGGGGGCGGGGGUAGGUGAGUGUAGGUGAGUGGGUGAGGGUAGUGCGAGAAGGAAGUGCUGGUUUAAGUCUCUACUUGUGCAUGAGAUGGUGCACGAAUUGGGUGCAGCGGUUGUGUGUUCCGGGCUGCCUUUGGACAGACAGGCAGACAGACAGACAGUGCAGCGGGUGGUGGCCUUAGCAAUCUGGAUGAUCUACUUGAGUAGAGAGGGCGGGGAGGGGCGUGUGCAUUUCUGUUGUGAUGCUUGUUCGUUCGUGGGACUUUUUGUGCAUCAAUCGGUUCUUCCGGUCGCUCUAGCUGGUGAGGCACAUGCCGACUCACUGUGCAUGCACCCAUGGGGCACAUUCGAAUUAAUGUCAGUCACCGCAUGGCCUUCCUUCUAGCUAAGCCCAUCUGUCCACCAGAUGCCGUUGUCUUCGAUCGUGGACGGUCGUGUGGUUCUGACUGAUUUAUGGCUGCGUUGCUCCCGCUGACGUGG